AUGCGCGCGACUAACAAUGAUGGCGCCCUUCAGGUCUGCAUUGCCAUCAAGCGCAUCUACAUCCAUGAGUCCAUCUACGACGAGCUCGUCGCUGAGAUGGCCAAUGUCAUCAAGAGCUUCCCCGUCGGCGACGGCCAGCAGGAAGGUACCAUGCUCGGCCCUGUUCAGAACCAGAUGCAGUUUGAGCGCGUCAAGGACCUGCUCAAGGAUAUCGAGGAGCAGAAGCUCAAGCUCGCUGCCGGAUCCACGGCGCCCGCGUCCAACGGCAAGGGUUACUUCAUCACCCCCACCAUGGUCGACAACCCUCCCGACAACUCCCGUAUUGUCGUCGAGGAGCCUUUCGGCCCCGUCUUCCCCGUCCUCAAGUGGAGCGAGGAGAAGGAGGUCAUCCAGCGCGCCAACAACACCGAUAUGGGUCUCGGCGCGUCUGUGUGGUCCAAGGACCUGGACAAGGCCCAGAGCAUCGCCAAGAAGCUCAAGGCCGGCAACAUCUGGGUCAACACGCAUCUGGAGCUGCAGUACGACGCGCCGUUCGGCGGCCACAAGCAGAGUGGUAUCGGAUACGAGUACGGCGCAGGCGGUCUGAAGGCGUACUGCAACGCCCAGUCCGUCUUCAUCACCAAAGCAUGA